CUACAUGACACAGAUUAGCAAGUGUUUACAUGUUGGCAAGUUGAUUUACUUAAUUUUACAGAAACCUGAACUGAGAAGAUGUCGACAGAAGACAAAAAGAGCCACGAUGAUGAUACUAUGGAUUUCAAUAAACUUGAAAAGGAGUUAGCCAUGGCUGUGGAACAAGAUCAGCGAUAUCAUAGAGAAAACGAUGCGAAAUUUAGAGCGGUUCAUCAAAAAGUAGGAUCAUAUGAAGAAUUCAGGGAUAUUGUCCUGGCUUCUCACAUAAAGCCUUUACAAAAAGGUGACACUUUGGAAAAUAUGACGUUUGAAGUCAAGUGGAAUUCACUUGCAGGCAAAAAUAAAGCCAACCAAUCAAAAGACAGCACAACUGAAUUUAAAAAAGGCACCAUCUUGCCAAAAGACAGCCAGGAGUUUACCCGAGACUGGCGACGCUAUCACAAAUCAGCUCCGGAUCAGUACAACUAUCUCCUCCAAAUCGGUGGGACGCAUCUUGGACAGAUAUUCAAAACUGACAUUAAUCUCCUUGGUGAUUUUCUGUUAGCACUAGACUCUGAAUACCAAAGUCAAGACAGUGAGAAAGUGUUGGAGAUUUUAGAAAGCUUGUGUUCGGCUCAGAGAUUCACUCUGUCUGUUCAGUUUUUAAGUGGGAAAGAGAAGAAGUCGUGUGAUUCUUUGAUACAGAAACUCGAAUCCUCUUGUGAUGAUUCUGCUUGGAAAGAGAGGAUAGCAAAAUCGAAAACUUCAUAUCAGUUAAAUAAAUGAUUCUAGUAAUUCCA